AAUGAUCACGACCUCAUAACACGUGCCUCCUUUUCCGGUCUGGCUCGCCCGGGCUGUGGUGCUGACGAGAGUGCGGAGUCGGGAGGCCGCCGCCGCCCGGCCCCGGAAGCGCAUCCCCGGCUCGCGGCCUUCCUGGCCCAUCCCGGCCUCGGGUCCUGCGAGGGUUCGGUCCGGAUACUCGGGGCCGCGGGAGGAAGAGGGGAGAGCCCUGCCGAGAAAAGCCGCCUGCCAGGCCGGCCGCCAUGCCCAAGAGGAAGGCCGAGGGGGAUGCGCCAGGCGACGGAGUGAAGGGCAAGGGGGAGCCGCAGAGGAAGUCGGCGCGGCUGUCCGCCCAGCCUGCGGCUGCUAAAGCCCGGGCCCGGCCCAGACAGGCCCCUGCAAAGAAGGCGGGGAAGCCGCCCAGAGGCGGGAAGGGGAAAGCCGAUGCGGGCACGGCGGGAAGCAGCCCUCCCGGAGCCCGAGAGGCCGCCGCAGCCCCGGCGCAGAGAGCGGAAGGCCCCGGGGAUGCCGGGUGACGUGGACUUUGCGCGUAGCGCUGUGCUCCUAAUGCUCUACUAUUUGAAAUACUAUUUUUUUAAUCAAGUUUUAUAAAAAUGCGGGGUUGUGGUUUUUUAAUGUUAGCACGAAGACACUUUGUUGUUGUCUUUUGUGGAAAAGGCAGGUACCACUGAUAGAGUUUAGCAGCCGGAUAAACCGGGGAACGGGUCUUCUGUCCUCGUUUUUGAAGGUUACUCUCGGCUCCGUGCGCCCGCCGCUUUGGCUCAGAAGACGGACAGGGUGGGGGAGCCGAGCAGCGUGUCUUCCUUCCUGACCCCUCAGCUCAGGACUGGCCUCGGCCCCCUGCAGUCGGCCGCGUUGGGCAGCAGUGCUCAGGCUUUCUGAUGGCAGCGCGACGGUUUUGCUCAAAAGGGCCAAGGUUUCUGUUUCCCGGCUGUGGAUCGUCCCGUGGAGAACCCUGCGGCUUUAGAAUUUCUUCUGAUGGCAGAGCUGACCUGUGAACAUGCUCCUAUAACAUCUCUCUCCCUUCUGGGAACUCUUCCUGUUCAAAGCAGAACGAAGAUUUGAUUGACUUUUUGAGGAGAGGAUUUUGGAAGCUGUAAAAUUUGUGUGUGUGUCUGUGUGUGUGUGUGUAAGUUGUAAAAUUUUAUAGAUUGUUACCCAUAUUCUGCUGGAAGUAACGGGGGAUUUUGUUUGUUGUUGUUGUUGUUCAUUUGUGUGUGUGUUUUUAAGUAUCUGAAAAAGGGGGAAAGCAAAUUGGCAGUGGGAGGGGGACCAUUUCCUACCCAAAUUCAUGGAGAUAUUAUCAUAGAGAUGCCUUGUAAAAGUUGUAGUUUUGCUUUUCCCAUGUAUCCUUAGCCUUUCUGAACUGGUUUUUGUGACACAUACGUGGUAGACGUUCAAUAUGAUAUUUUUUCCAUAUGGAUAAGUGGUCAUCCCAGCACCAGUUUUUGAAAAGUUUAUCCAUUCCUCCCUGAUCUGUAACACUGCUCUUCCAUAAACCAAGUUUCUGUGUGUGAGGAGGGGGAGGGUGGGAUCUGAUGGUGGUUUCUAGUCUAACUGACCGGCCAGUUUGUCUAACCUGUGGCCGUGCUAUACAAUCCUGAGUACUACAACUUUUUAAAAAAAUCUUGCUAUCUCAGGACAAAUCCAACCCCCCACCUCCAGCACCUCCACCAAAGUUUCCUUCCUUGGGAGUGUCUUGGCUAUGUUUAGCUAGGCAAGUUCUAAAUCAAACAAACAAAAAUGUGUUGGAAUUUUAUUGGAUUUGUAUUGAACUUGUAAAUUACAGUGUUGAGUCUUUCAAUCUAUGAACCUAGUAUAGCUUCAUUUAUUUAGGAUCUUUAAAUAUCUUUCAAUAAAGUUUUAUAAUUUUCUCCAUGAA